GAUCGUUGUAUCACUGGGUUCCAACAAGCCAAGCAAGGUUGUUUCGUCUUUUGAUCGGUGACAUUUGUUGGAGCAAAUCGUUUGUCUUCAAAAAGCAUGAAUGGUGGUGGUACGACCGCCGAAGAAGGAGAAAGGGCGAACGCCAUAGCUGGGUUUAUUCAAGUAUGGACGGACGCGAUUUUCAACGAGCAAUGGAAUAGAGCACAUCAGCUCCUGGAUGCCGUCACUGCAUCCAAUACGUCUCUGUUCCACACCAAUCAAGAAAUAAGUCGUUUGGGAGUUGUCACGCACAACUUGUGUGCAAACCCUGCUGCUCCCUUGGAGCUUUUCCGAAGGCUCUUGGCUGUGGCAGGAAAGCAACAGAUAUUGGAAUACCGCGAUCCCGGCUCCCGGCGCAACUGUUUUCAUACAGCGGCAGAGUUUCUUGGUGAUCGUUGCGAUGUUUGGUCGCUCUUGCUGCAGGCUCGUCCCGCUGGGGUCCUGGAACGAGACGUCCACGGAUCUCGUCCAUUGGACAUUUUAACGCGCGAAAUCGUUCUCCGUGAACAAUUCCUACAUUCCCUAUGGCCCCUGCAGCAAGUACAGACUCUCUCACCCUAUUGGGAAUCGGUCCGACGUCUGCUUAUUAUUCAGUAUUCCUUACUACAACGAGAGUCUAACUGUGACAUGAAUAGCCGCGAUUCGAAGACUCUAGUGCGAUUACCGGUGCUACACGCCUGUUUUGCCUUGCCUGACGUUCCGGUCGAACUCCGUCAAUUCGCUCUCGUUCGACACCAUCGACAACUGGUAGUUCCCGAUGUCUAUUGCGGUAAUCUUCCCUUGCACUGGGCCGUAGCACAACCUUGUCCGGAUGAAGAAGAUUUCGUCUUGGCGGAAAUGAUUCGUCUCGCACCGGAAGCAGCUCGUGUCCGAAAUCGUGACGGGCACACGCCGUUUGAUAUUGCCGUUGCUCACGGUUCGCGGCGCUGGAAGUCAGGCUGCCGGGAGCUGAUACAGGCGUUUCCAGAGUGUUUGCUGUUCCCAACGUUGUUGUCGUUUUCCACCAAACAGGAUCAGCUUAUCGAGUCUAUACCUCUUCUGCUGACAGAACUGGCCGUCAAAGAUGCCUUGGGAGUCGUCUUUUGUACGUUGCGCGGGAAACCGGACUUGUUCUUGAACCCAAGGUGA